CAUGACGCGCUGGGUGCCCACCAAGAGGGAGGAGAAAUACGGCGUGGCCUUUUAUAACUAUGACGCCAGGGGAGCGGAUGAACUUUCUUUGCAGAUAGGAGACACUGUGCACAUCUUAGAGACAUAUGAAGGGUGGUACAGAGGUUACACCUUACGAAAAAAGUCUAAGAAGGGUAUAUUUCCUGCUUCAUAUAUUCAUCUUAAAGAAGCGAUAGUUGAAGGAAAAGGGCAACAUGAAACGGUCAUCCCGGGCGACCUCCCCCUUAUACAGGAGGUUACCACAACACUCCGAGAGUGGUCCACCAUCUGGAGGCAGCUCUACGUGCAAGAUAACAGGGAGAUGUUCCGAAGCGUGCGGCACAUGAUCUACGACCUUAUCGAGUGGCGGUCGCAAAUCCUUUCCGGAACUCUGCCGCAGGAUGAGCUCAAAGAACUGAAGAAGAAGGUCACAGCCAAAAUUGAUUAUGGAAACAGAAUUCUUGAUUUGGACCUGGUGGUUAGAGAUGAAGAUGGGAACAUCUUGGAUCCAGAGCUAACUAGCACGAUUAGUCUCUUCAGAGCUCAUGAAAUAGCUUCUAAACAAGUGGAGGAAAGAUUGCAAGAAGAAAAGUCUCAAAAGCAGAACAUAGAUAUUAACAGACAAGCUAAAUUUGCUGCGACCCCUUCUCUGGCCUUGUUUGUCAACCUCAAAAAUGUGGUUUGUAAAAUAGGAGAAGAUGCUGAAGUCCUCAUGUCUCUUUAUGACCCUGUGGAGUCCAAAUUCAUCAGUGAAAACUACCUGGUUCGCUGGUCAAGUUCAGGAUUACCUAAAGAUAUAGACAGAUUACAUAAUUUGCGAGCUGUUUUUACCGACCUGGGAAGCAAAGACUUGAAAAGGGAGAAAAUCAGUUUUGUCUGUCAGAUUGUUCGAGUGGGUCGCAUGGAGCUGAGGGACAACAACACCAGGAAACUGACGUCUGGCUUAAGGAGACCUUUUGGAGUAGCUGUGAUGGAUGUAACAGAUAUAAUAAACGGAAAAGUAGACGAUGAAGACAAACAGCAUUUUAUUCCCUUUCAGCCGCUCGCGUUGGACGACGCCGUUCGACACAAGCCGCUGAACAUGUCAUCCCGUUUUUCACCCAGGGUGGCGGGGGAGAAUGACUUCCUUCAGACUGUUAUAAACAAAGUCAUCGCUGCCAAAGAAGUCAACCACAAGGGGCAGGGUUUGUGGGUAACACUGAAAUUACUUCCUGGAGAUAUCCAUCAGAUUCGAAAAGAGUUUCCGCACUUGGUGGACAGGACCACAGCCGUGGCUCGCAAAACGGGGUUUCCAGAGAUAAUCAUGCCCGGUGAUGUUCGAAAUGAUAUCUAUGUGACAUUAGUUCAAGGAGAUUUUGAUAAAGGAAGCAAGACGACGGCGAAGAACGUGGAGGUCACUGUGUCUGUUUACGAUGAAGAUGGGAAACGACUGGAGCAUGUGAUUUUCCCGGGUGCUGGUGAUGAAGCGAUUUCAGAAUACAAAUCUGUGAUUUACUACCAAGUAAAACAGCCGCGCUGGUUUGAGACUGUGAAGGUGGCCAUUCCCAUCGAGGACGUUAACCGCAGUCACCUGCGAUUUACGUUCCGCCACAGGUCGUCGCAGGACUCUAAGGAUAAAUCUGAGAAAAUAUUCGCACUGGCAUUUGUUAAGCUGAUGAGAUAUGACGGGACCACUCUGAGAGAUGGAGAGCACGACCUCAUCGUCUAUAAGGCCGAAGUGAAGAAGCUGGAAGACGCCGGGACGUACUUGAGUCUGCCCUCCACGAAGGCAGAGUUGGAAGAGAAGGGCCACUCGGCCACGGGCAAGGGCAUGCAGAGCCUCGGGAGCUGCACCAUCAGCAAAGACUCCUUCCAGAUCUCCACCCUGGUGUGCUCCACCAAGCUGACCCAGAACGUGGACCUUCUGGGGCUGUUAAAGUGGCGUUCCAACACCAACCUGCUGCAGCAGAACUUGAGGCAGCUGAUGAAGGUGGACGGUGGGGAGGUGGUGAAGUUCCUCCAAGAUACCUUGGAUGCCCUCUUCAACAUCAUGAUGGAGAACUCGGAGAGUGAGACUUUUGAUACGCUCGUUUUUGAUGCUCUGGUAUUUAUCAUUGGACUAAUUGCUGAUAGAAAAUUUCAGCAUUUUAAUCCUGUUUUGGAAACCUACAUUAAGAAGCACUUUAGUGCGACAUUAGCCUACACGAAGCUGACAAAAGUAUUAAGGAACUACGUGGACAACGCUGAGAAGCCGGGAAUAAACGACCAGCUGUAUAAAGCCAUGAAGGCUUUGGAAUACAUCUUCAAGUUCAUCGUGCGCUCGCGGAUACUGUUCAAUCAACUAUAUGAAAACAAAGGAGAGGCCGACUUUGUGGACUCUCUGCUGCAGCUGUUCAGAUCCAUCAAUGACAUGAUGAGCAGCUUGUCGGACCAGACCGUCCGGGUCAAGGGGGCCGCACUGAAAUACUUGCCAACGAUCGUCAACGAUGUGAAAUUGGUGUUUGAUCCCAAAGAGCUCAGCAAAAUGUUCACCGAUUUCAUUCUCAAUGUUCCCGUGGGUUUGCUGACCAUUCAGAAGCUCUACUGCCUGAUCGAAAUUGUUCACAGUGAUCUCUUCACACAGCACGACUGCAGAGAGAUCUUGCUCCCCAUGAUGACGGACCAGCUCAAGUACCACCUGGAGAGGCAGGAGGACCUGGAGGCCUGCUGCCAGCUGCUCAGCAACGUCUUGGAGGUGCUGUACAGGAAGGACGUGGGGCCGACUCAGAGGCACGUCCAGAUAAUCAUGGAGAAGCUUCUCCGGACAGUGAACCGAACCGUCAUUUCUAUGGGGCGGGAUUCCGAACUCAUCGGAAACUUUGUGGCUUGCAUGACAGCUAUUUUACGACAAAUGGAAGAUUAUCAUUAUGCCCACUUGAUCAAGACUUUUGGGAAAAUGAGGACCGAUGUGGUGGAUUUCCUAAUGGAAACAUUCAUCAUGUUUAAGAACCUCAUUGGGAAGAACGUCUACCCUUUCGACUGGGUGAUAAUGAACAUGAUGCAGAACAAAGUCUUCCUGCGAGCAAUUAAUCAGUAUGCAGAUAUGCUGAACAAAAAAUUUCUGGAUCAAGCCAACUUUGAGCUACAGCUGUGGAACAACUACUUUCACCUGGCGGUUGCCUUCCUCACUCAGGAGUCCUUGCAGCUGGAGAAUUUCUCAAGCGCCAAGAGGGCCAAGAUCCUUAACAAGUAUGGAGAUAUGAGGAGACAGAUUGGCUUUGAAAUCAGAGACAUGUGGUACAACCUUGGUCAACACAAGAUAAAGUUCAUUCCAGAAAUGGUGGGCCCAAUCUUAGAAAUGACACUAAUUCCUGAGACAGAACUGCGCAAAGCCACGAUCCCCAUCUUCUUUGAUAUGAUGCAGUGUGAAUUUCAUUCGACCCGAAGCUUCCAAAUGUUUGAAAAUGAGAUCAUCACCAAGCUGGAUCAUGAAGUGGAAGGAGGCAGAGGAGACGAACAGUACAAAGUGUUAUUUGAUAAAAUCCUCUUGGAGCACUGCAGGAAGCAUAAAUACCUCGCCAAAACAGGAGAGACUUUUGUGAAACUCGUCGUGCGCCUCAUGGAAAGACUUUUGGAUUAUAGAACCAUCAUGCAUGAUGAGAACAAAGAAAACCGCAUGAGCUGUACCGUCAACGUGCUGAAUUUCUACAAAGAAAUUGAAAGAGAAGAAAUGUAUAUAAGGUAUCUGUAUAAACUCUGUGACCUGCACAAAGAGUGUGAUAACUACACUGAAGCGGCUUACACAUUGCUUCUCCAUGCAAAGCUUCUUAAGUGGUCAGAGGAUGUGUGUGCGGCCCAUCUCACGCAGCGGGACGGGUACCAGGCAACCACACAGGGACAGCUGAAAGAGCAGCUCUACCAGGAAAUCAUCCACUACUUCGACAAAGGCAAGAUGUGGGAGGAGGCCAUUGCCUUGGGCAAGGAACUGGCCGAACAGUAUGAAAACGAAAUGUUUGAUUACGAGCAACUCAGCGAAUUGCUGAAAAAACAGGCUCAGUUUUAUGAAAACAUCGUCAAAGUGGUAAGACCCAAGCCUGACUAUUUUGCCGUUGGCUACUAUGGACAGGGACUCCCCACGUUCCUGCGGGGAAAAGUUUUCAUUUACCGAGGGAAAGAGUAUGAACGCCGGGAAGACUUUGAAGCUCGGCUAUUAACUCAGUUUCCAAACGCUGAGAAAAUGAAGACAACAUCUCCACCAGGCGACGAUAUUAAAAACUCUCCUGGCCAGCAUAUUCAGUGCUUCACAGUGAAGCCCAAACUCGAUUUGCCCCCUAAGUUCCACAGGCCGGUAUCAGAGCAGAUUGUAAGUUUUUACAGGGUGAACGAGGUCCAGCGAUUUGAAUAUUCUCGGCCAAUCCGGAAGGGAGAGAAAAACCCAGACAAUGAAUUUGCGAACAUGUGGAUCGAGAGAACCGUAUACACAACUGCGUAUAAAUUACCUGGAAUUUUAAGGUGGUUCGAGGUCAAAUCCGUUUUCAUGGUGGAGAUCAGCCCCCUGGAGAAUGCCAUCGAGACCAUGCAGCUGACGAACGACAAGAUCGACAGCAUGGUGCAGCAGCACCUGGACGACCCCAGCCUCCCUGUCAACCCCCUCUCCAUGCUGCUCAACGGCAUCGUGGACCCUGCCGUCAUGGGGGGCUUCGCAAACUAUGAAAAGGCCUUCUUCACCGACCGGUACCUGCAGGAGCACCCCGAGGCCCACGAAAAGAUCGAGAAGCUCAAGGACCUGAUUGCCUGGCAGAUUCCAUUUUUGGCAGAAGGGAUCAGGAUUCAUGGAGAAAAAGUCACGGAAGCCCUGAGGCCGUUCCACGAGAGGAUGGAAGCCUGCUUCAAACAGCUGAAGGAAAAGGUGGAAAAGCAAUAUGGCAUCCGAACUGUGCCCUCGAGUCUGGACGACAGAAGAGGCAGCCGCCCCCGUUCCAUGGUGCGGUCCUUCACGAUGCCUUCCUCUUCCCGGCCUCUGUCCGUGGCGUCUGUCUCUUCCCUCUCGUCCGACAGCACCCCCUCCAGGCCGGGCUCCGAUGGGUUUGCCCUGGAGCCUCUCCUGCCAAAGAAAAUGCACUCCAGGUCCCAGGACAAGCUAGACAAGGAUGACCUGGAUAAGGAGAAGAAGGACAAGAAGAAAGAGAAAAGGAACAGCAAACAUCAAGAGAUAUUUGAUAAGGAAUUUAAACCCACCGACAUUUCCCUGCAGCAGUCUGAGGCUGUGAUCCUUUCUGAGACGAUCAGUCCCCUGCGGCCCCAGAGACCGAAAAGCCAGGUGAUCAACGUCAUCGGAAGUGAGAGGCGCUUCUCAGUGUCGCCGUCCUCCCAGCAAACACCCCCUCCGGUCACGCCACGGGCCAAGCUCAACUUCAGCCUGCAGUCCAGCUUGGAGCUGAAUGGCAUGACCGGAGUGGACGUGGCCGAUGUCCCACCCCCUCUGCCCCUCAAGGGCAGCACAGCAGACUACGGAAACCUGAUGGAAAACCAGGACCUGAUGGGCUCAUCAACGCCCCCACCCCCUCCUCCACACCAGAAGCAUCUGCCACCUCCACUGCCCAGCAAAACUCCACCUCCUCCCCCUCCAAAGACCACUCGCAAGCAGACGUCAGUGGACUCCGGGAUCGUGCAGUGAAAGCAACAAGACUGUCUGGAAAGAGCGAGCUGUCGUUCCUGCCCCUCCGUCUCCUCUGUGUCUGGCGCUUACCUCACUGGGCCUGCGAUGUCUAACAUUUAGUGCAAUUGCUCUCCCGUCAAAGGAGGCCACUUCUAGCCGUGGAGUGAGUGGCCUUUAGCAUCAUGGAGCAAGGUGGGUUAUGGGUCCGGGAUGUGCCCUUGCGUUUAUCAAAGCUGGGGGCCUCUGAGCGUGUCAGUCUUGGAGAGCCUAGGUCUUGCCCAAACGUCCUUUCUUUUUGUGCCAAAUGACUUGUGUUAGCAAAGAGCUCGAUGACCUGAGUGUAGCCAAGUAGGAGAGGUUAGAACAUCACCUUCGAGAAGAUCUGGAGUGACAAUACACACGAAAACUCACAUUCUCUCUAUAGGCCAAAACCCCAGCUCACUCGCGUGGGAAAUUGUGCCAUCCCCUCCUGCAGCUGGUGGCGACCUCGUGUUGGUUGAGGGUGUCUUCAACCGGCGUCGAACAAUUGAGUUUCAGCCCUUUCAGGGAAGUUCCUGAUUUCCCCAGGUAUAAUUUAAAGUAGGACAUUCCUCAGCUACUGAACAGUUACUAAUUUAUGGAGUGGAAACACCAUUAAGAAUACUGAAUCAAAUGGAAAAAUAAAUGAGUAGAGGAAGAUAAAUUUUCAUUCUUUUCUGAAAAAGGGUAUGUAUACCACGAGAGAUGGUUUUAAUCGGGUGAAUUCUUUUUGUCCUCGUUCUGUACAGAAGUUUGUAUAUAUGAUGGUUCUUAGAACUUGUUUUAAUUUUCGUGGUCUUUCUGUUUAUUACAAUAGUCAUCUGCAAAUGAUUCUCAAUAUGUGUUCUUAAUUUUUAACUGCUGGAAAUGUAAAACACACACA